AUGAAACACCCAUCAAUAUGCAUGAUUCUCUCCCUGGCCUCAUCCACGACAGCUCUGUCGUCUCACUUGGACCCCGCCGUUGAAUCGUCGCCAUCAGCAGCCAACGUCAACAGCGAUUAUCACGCCAAUGCGGGUGUCCUGCAAUAUGUCAAUCCUCUCAUCGGCACCAGAGGCUACGAUCCUAAUGACCUCGGCGGAAUGAUUCCCUCUGUAUCACCCCCGUUUGGAAUGACGCGGUGGACUCCGCAGACGCGCGAAAACUUCAUCUCACAGGUCCCCUACAACGACCGCGAUCGCCGCAUGCACGGCUUCCAGGCCACGCAUCAGCCCGCCAUCUGGAUUGGCGAAAACGGCCAUGUGGCGCUUAUGCCAGGUCUAGGAGAUGAGGUCCGACACCUGUUUCAGCACCGAGGUCUGUCAUUCAGAAAAGAGGACGAGAGAAGCACGCCGUACGUGUAUGAGGUGACGCUCGACGCAGAUUCAGCGGGAGAAUUCGGAUGGAAUCUUACUGAACAGGCGACGUCGGAGCUUCUUGGCGAUGCCUGCCCUCCAUGUCCUGGCGGUGCUAAUUUUAUCCCUAACAAGGAUGUGACUGAAGGUGCCAAUGGCCGCGUGAGACGACGAGAGUAUGUGUUUGAGCCAGAGAACCAGUUUCCCGUCCAAGGCCUGUCUGCAAAUGGGUCAGAAUAUCCGGAAGGAUAUAGAUAUGAGAAUUCCAUACAAGUAGCCUUGAGCGCGUCGGCGCAUGUCGGCCAUCUUCGCGUCGAUUUUCAGGAUACCCAGACACGGCAGCCUUACUUCACCAUCCAGGCCAGCCGACUCAAUUGGACAGGCCAUGUUGAGAUUGAUCCUGAAACUCAAGAGGUGUCGGGCAGUAAUUCUCAGCGACAAGAAUAUCUGUUGGGUCCUGACAAGCCCGAGUCGUUUAGGCUCUACUUUGUGUCGCGAUUUUCUGAGCCUUUUACUUCCCAUGGAGUCAGCCGCGCAGAAAAAUUGUAUCAGGGAGAGAAGUAUAUCGAAGACAAGUUUGUUGGUGCAUAUGUCACCUUCGAUAAGUCGGUCAGGAGAGUCGAGGUGAGGACUGGAGUCUCGUAUGUCAGCGUAGAGCAGGCCAGGAAGAAUCUCGAUAUUGAUGUACCGGACGGGACAACAUUUGAAACCACUGUCGAUAACGUCAAAUCGGCUUGGUUAGAAAGACUAGGCAGGAUCAAAAUCUCCGGAGUCAACGAAACCGACUCGGAUCACGACCCCCGGACGAUCUUUUAUUCUGGCCUGUUCCAUGCUCUCCAAUAUCCAAGCGACUAUUCCGAACCUACCACCUCAUCUGAAGGCAGCCUCCGACGCUUUUACAGUGGUUAUACAGACAGCGUUCAUGAAGCAAACGAUUCAUAUUACCAGUCAUGGUCGAUAUGGGACACCUACAGGGCAGAGCACUCGCUACUCACCAUCUUUGCCCCGGAGCGCGUCGAUUCCAUGAUGCGCUCUCUCCUACGAAUAUUCGACUGGUCUGGCCGAUUGCCUCUGUGGAAUAACAUGAUUGAGAACAACGAGAUGAUUGCGACCCAUGUUGACGCUGUGAUUGCAAAUGCUCUGAUCAGAGGCUUCGAUGAUUUUGACGUCGCCAAGGCUUGGGAUGCUGUUUAUGUCGAUGCCUAUGUGCCUCCUGAUAACGACACUGACCUUCUCUACUAUUCCAGAGAGCCAAGCACUCCAUACGAAUGCCGAGCUGGACUAACGAGCUACCUCGAGCAUGGAUGGGUUGACAAUGAUCGUUGGGCCGAAUCGGCCAGCCGUACACUCGACUAUUCCUUCGAUGACUAUGCCGCUGCCGUGGUAGCUGAACAUGCAGGGGAUGUUAAGCAUGCAAAGGAGCUAAGAGAGCGCUCACAAAACUAUAGAAAGCUCUGGAACCCAGAAACGCAGUUUAUGCAGGCUCGCAAUGCAAACGGGACCUGGGCGAAUGAAUCUUGGGGAUGGACCGAGGGAGACAGGUGGAUCUACACAUUGAACGUGAUGCACGAUGUAGGCGGCCUGGCUUCGCUAUUCAAAGGCGGGAAGAAGGCCAUGAAAGCUCGCAUGGAUGAAUAUUUCGCGGGCGGCCAUAACAUGCACAGCAACGAGCCGUCGCAUCACGCCCCGUAUCUGUACUCUGCCAUCGGAUCUCCCGCUGAUGCGGCACGACAGAUCCGUGAGCUUGCCUGGGAGAAUUACAACGCGACGGCUUCAGGGCUAAGUGGCAAUGAGGAUUUGGGUCAGAUGAGUGCCUGGUAUGUCUUGUCGGCGCUGGGGUUCUAUCCUGUCAACCCGGCGAGCGACGAGUACGUUGUAGCAACGCCAUUCUUUGAUGAAGUGGAGAUUUUGUUGCCUCCUGGACCUGGGGAUGAUGGAAAAGAGCACACGCUGGUUAUUUCAGCACCGGGAGCGGGUACAGAUGAGAAGGCAUAUGUGAAGAGUCUAAAGGUCGAUGGAGAGGAGGUUCACAGGCCAUUGUUGAAGCAUAAGCAGAUUGUAAAGGCGAGCAGGAUUGACUUUGAGAUGAGUGAUGAGCCAACAAGUUGGGGACAGGAGGGAACAGUAUAG